GGACGGCCUCGCACGCCCCCUGGCGCGCGCCCGGGGAGAGAAAGGAGCGGGAGGGGCGGCGAGGAGGGAGGAGGCGCGGAGGGCAGGCGGGGGGAGGGGAGCCGGAGCGAGGGAGGGUUUAUCGACCGGGCGAUUUUGGUUAAAAUAUUCAAAAUGGCGGACGGAGGAGCAGCGAGUCAAGAUGAGAGUUCGGCCGCGGCGGCCGCAGCAGCAGACUCAAGAAUGAACAAUCCGUCAGAAACAAGUAAACCAUCUAUGGAGAGUGGAGAUGGCAACGCAGGCACACAAACCAAUGGUCUGGACUUUCAGAAGCAGCCUGUGCCCGUCGGAGGGGCAAUCUCCACGGCCCAGGCCCAGGCUUUCCUCGGACAUCUCCAUCAGGUCCAGCUCGCUGGGACAAGCUUACAGGCUGCUGCUCAGUCUUUAAAUGCACAGUCGAAGUCUAAUGAAGAAUCGGGGGAUUCACAGCAGCCCAGCCAGCCUACCCAGCAGCCUUCAGUGCAGGCGGCCAUCCCCCAGACCCAGCUUAUGCUGGCUGGAGGACAGAUAACUGGGCUCGCGCUCACGCCCGCCCAGCAGCAGCUCCUGCUCCAGCAGGCGCAGGCGCAGGCGCAGCUGCUGGCGGCCGCCGUGCAGCAGCACUCGGCCGGCCAGCAGCACGGCGCCGCCGGGGCCGCCAUCUCCGCCUCCGCCGCCACGCCCAUGACGCAGAUCCCGCUGUCGCAGCCCAUUCAGAUCGCGCAGGAUCUACAGCAGCUGCAGCAUCUUCAGCAGCAGAACCUGAACCUGCAGCAGUUCGUGCUGGUGCACCCGACCGCCAGCCUGCAGCCGGCGCAGUUCAUCAUCUCACAGCCGCCGCAGGGCCAGCAGGGUCUCCUGCAAGCGCAAAAUCUUUUAACGCAACUACCUCAGCAAAGCCAAGCCAACCUCCUCCAGCCGCAGCCAAGCAUCACCCUCACCUCCCAGCCAGCAACCCCAACACGCACGAUAGCAGCAACCCCAAUUCAGACACUUCCACAGAGCCAGUCAGCACCAAAGCGAAUUGAUACUCCCAGCUUGGAGGAGCCCAGUGACCUUGAGGAGCUUGAGCAGUUUGCCAAGACCUUCAAACAAAGACGAAUCAAACUUGGAUUCACUCAGGGCGAUGUUGGGCUCGCUAUGGGUAAACUGUACGGAAAUGACUUCAGCCAAACGACCAUCUCUCGCUUUGAAGCCUUGAACCUCAGCUUUAAGAACAUGUGCAAAUUAAAGCCACUUUUGGAGAAGUGGCUAAAUGAUGCAGAGAACCUCUCGUCUGAUUCGGCCAUCUCCAGCCCCAGUGCCCUGAAUUCUUCAGGGAUGGUAAUGGAGGGCUUGAACCGCAGGAGGAAGAAGCGCACCAGCAUAGAGACCAACAUCCGUGUGGCCUUAGAGAAGAGUUUCUUGGAGAAUCAAAAGCCUACCUCGGAAGAGAUCACCAUGAUUGCUGAUCAGCUCAGUAUGGAAAAGGAGGUGAUUCGUGUUUGGUUUUGUAACCGCCGCCAGAAAGAAAAGAGAAUCAACCCGCCAAGCAGUGGUGGGACCAGCAGCUCGCCUAUCAAAGCAAUUUUCCCCAGCCCAGCCUCACUGGUGGCAACCACGCCGAGCCUUGUGGCGAGCAGUGCCGCGCCCACCCUGACGGUCAACCCGGUCCUCCCGCUGAGCAGCGCCGGGGCCACUAACCUCUCGGUUCCAGGCACUACAGACACCACGUCCAGCUGCACGGCCACCGUGAUUUCCACAGCGCCUCCGGCCGCCCCAGCCACAUCCCCCUCACUGAGUCCCUCCCCGUCCGCCUCGGCCUCCACUAGUGAGGUAUCUAGUGCCAGUGAGACCAGCACAACACAGACAACCUCUGCACCCUUGUCCUCGCCUCUCGGGCCCAGCCAGGUGAUGGUGACAGCACCAGGACUGCAGACAGCCGCGGCUGCCGCCCUGCAAGGGGCCGCUCAGUUGCCAGCAAAUGCCAGUCUUGCUGCCAUGGCCGCUGCUGCGGGACUGAACCCAGGCCUGAUGGCACCCUCACAGUUUGCAGCUGGGGGUGCCUUACUCAGCCUCAACCCCGGGCCCCUUGGCAGUGCCCUCAGCCCGGCCCUGAUGAGCAACAGUACACUGGCGACUAUUCAAGCUCUUGCUUCUGGUGGCCCUCUCCCAAUAACGUCACUGGACGCCACUGGGAACCUGGUGUUCGCCAACGCAGGGGGAGCCCCCAACAUCGUGACCGCCCCCCUGUUCCUGAACCCCCAGAACCUCUCUCUGCUCACCAGCAACCCGGUCAGCCUGGUCUCUGCGGCUGCCGCCUCCGCAGGGAACUCGGGGCCCGUAGCCAGCCUCCACGCCGCCUCCACCACCGCCGAGUCCCUCCAGAACUCUCUCUUCACCGCGGCCUCCGCUAGUGGGGCCGCCUCCACGACCACCACCGCCUCCAAGGCGCAGUGAGCCGAGCCGGCUGCCACUUCGACGCUGCGAGCUGCCCGGCCGCCAGCCAGGCCGAGACCGGACAGUGGGGACUGGCUUCUCCGGCCGUGCUGCCAGGGCAACGGAGAAAAGGAAGACGUGUGGAUGGAGACGGGACAGCGUUUGCCUAAUUUUGUAAUAAAACACUGUCUUUUCAGGAUUGCUUCAUGGAUUGGAGAACUUUCUAACCAAAAAUUUUAAAAAAAAGGAACAAAAAAAUCAAAAACAAACAUAAAAAAGUGAAAGGACUACUUAUCAUUUCCAGCAGUCAGGAUGACAAGUCAAGGUGGGUUACCAACUUCAGUAUAGGAAGGGGGUUUCUUGUUUGUCUAAAUUUCUUUUCUUCUUAAGAAAAUCAUUUCUAUGGGUCUGUUGUACAGGCCAUUAAGUCAUAACAAGGUGUUUAUAAUCGUAUCAAUUGCGUUGGGGGUUCCUUUCUAACUGGUACAAUGUAGGCAGGCCUGUAUUACUGUAUCUCUGUUAUUAUGGUUGUUGUUACUGUUUUUUUAUAUAUAUAUAUAUAGUUUGGACAUGUUUAUCUCUUGCUCCUGGAUCCUGUUUCAGUGAGCUCCCACACUGUGGGGAGGGAGGGUUUGGGGUAAGGGGGACUUAGGUUCUUAACUGCGGGGAAUGUUCUUGCUGGUUCCUUACCCUUGGUGACUCUUACAGAGGUGCUAGAAAAUUAUUUUCUUUGGCCACUUAUGCAAGAGGCUCGGUGCAGAAGCUGAAGGCAGUGUGUGCGCACGCCCGCACUGCACACGCGCCCCGCCCCAUCAGGUGGUGCCUUUGGAGCACUUUUGUGUAGGAAGGAAUUCCUGCUGAACUGCAGCUCUCACUCCCCCCGAAUCACUGAGCGACCCACGGCCCAGUCCCUGCUGCGUUCGGGGGGAUGCUGUGCGCGUCGCAGGGCAGGAUUGGGUUCCGAAGAGCAAAGACUACUGCUGACACCUGACUUGGUGGUUCUCCUGACUUCUUAUCUCCUGAAAAAUGCUCCUACUGUUGGUGUGUGUGUUUAUUUUUUCCAUUUUGUGGAGGUUUUUCAUCCCAACUUCCUUUGACUUGGCAAAGAACAGAUUGAUGAUUGAAACCGGGAAAACUUUUCCCCUCUUUAGUUUUCUCAUGGAGCUCUGCUGCAUUGCCCCUGCACGGGUACCACCGGAGGAGGGUCUGAGGCCGCCGCCUUCUCCCCUGGCCACAGACCUCCUUUCCCCGGGCGGCUUACAAGGUCCUGACCCUGAGCCCCGCGCGGCUCUCUGACCAGAGGGCGCUUGCCAGCUGGGCACGGGGCCCACAGCGCCCCUGAAGGCCUGCGGGCAGGAGUCUGUUAGCGGUGCUCCCACUGGGGCCGUCUGAGUGGUAUUUGUGUUCAGGGUGUUUCUAGACUAUGGAAAUGAGCCCAUGGAAAGCAGAUGAGUUGGUGAAAGUAGAUGAAGAGGAAUGAGAUAACUUGGAAAUUAGAUUCCCCCUUUUGUCAGGGUACUAUCCUUAUAGUAUGAAUCUGUACCAGAACACCCCCCAAAGACCGGGUCAGCACAGCUCCCUGAGCCGCCUCUCAUGGGAGUGCCGGCUCCCGCCGGGGGCUGGGGCGCCUGCUGACGUCUCUCGUGGUCCCCCUUCAUUGUCCGCUGUGUCUGCGAGGGGGCUUGGGGUCCUGGGUCUGCCUCUCCACCCGCGGCGUCAGGAAGACAGGGACAUAGAUACAGUGCGUAUUUUCGCUCGUGACCCUCCAAGUAGGAGGCAGGCACAUGAUAUUAAGGGCCCGAGACAUUUUAGUCCCCUGGUUGAUUUUUCUUUUGUACUUCUGUCUUCCUAUUUUAUUUCACAAAAUAUUUAAUUACCACCCUAAAUUUCCUCUCGUCACCCUUCACCUUCCCUAAAAUCCCUCCAAAAUCAGUGAACUGCAAGCAGGGAAACUAACAAAUGUCCAUCCACCUUUUCUAUGUGUGGUGUGUUUUUAAUGUUUUUUGUUUAACUAAGCUUGAACCAAAGUCAAUUUUUUAGCAAGCUGCUGUACUAAUGGACUAGUUUUUAACGUGCAGUUCAGACACAUUGAGGAGAUAGAUGCUACUGACAAUUUCCUUUUUCAUUUGUCUUUAUUAAUUUUAUAUAAAAGUUGCUGCUUGUUUUUAAUCUUUUAUGUUGGUAAAUUUUAAUAUCCUCUGGGCAGACAUUAACUUGAUUUUUAGGUAGUUUAUUUAGUUUGGUGUGUAACUAGAAUGGCAGUGUCAGUUACUAAUUUUCCUUCUCUCCAUCCAGCUAUUUUUCUGGUGUAGUUAAGUUUAAUCUCUUCUCCUGCCUUGACAUCUCUAACUUUAGUCUGUGCAAGUGAUAUUAGGGCUGUCAACAAUGCCGUAGCUGCCCCUGGGGGUGAGCCCUCCCUUGGGAGUGGUUAGCUAGGAGGAAGGAUUCAGGGAGGGAAGUGCUGAUGCCCGCCGUACUGGAUUAGAGGUUAACAGCAUUAAUUUCCCCAGAUUUCUACCAAAGCAAAGUGUUCAGUCCAGGGACCCCAGCCCAGUGGAUUAUGAAAAGGGCCAAGGAAAGGCUGUCUUGUUUCUUUGUUUGCCUGUGUGAUUGAAAAGAUGUUCCCCUCUCCCAAAUGAGAUUCACAGACUUUAAUAGUUAAAGGAUAGUAAGCUUUAAAAGUCAGUGCGAUGGUCUUCUGUUUCCUGCCCUGUCUGUUUUCUCUAGUCAGUUUGGGAUAAGGAGAUGCUGCCUUUGUGUGUGUGUAAGAUCACUUGAUGAGGGUCAACCUUAAACCAGCACAAAAAUCUGUGUCCAAAAGAAGAAAUAAAUCCUUAGACAAAGGUAACUUUACACAUUUUUCUCUUCUCUUACUUAAAAACAAAUUGUGAAAUGGAAGGUACAUUUGUACAUGUACAAUGUGAAACACUAAAACAGCUGUUGAUAGGUGUUUGGGUUAAAAUCAGCUCCCCAGCUACACCCCUAGGCAGUCUGCUGGUCACACCGCCUCAUGACCCAACCUUAUUCCUUACUCCACAUCACAUUUUUUAUCAUCUCAAGAAAUGCUUUUUGAAUGGAAUGAAUUGCCUAAGCUUGGGUUCUCAGGCAUGACUUUCAGCCACCUUAUACGGGAGAGCCUGGGAUCACGGGGGCAUAUGACCAGAGAGGCUUUGGCAGAGUCCCCGCAUUUCUAGGCAGAAGGGCCGAUAGGCAUCACAAUUCACUAUGUCGUUCUUUCCCCUCCAUAAUGUCUGUGCAAGUUUUCUCUCACCCCUGCACUUGGUUAACUCGUGUUAAGCCAAAGACUGAUUCUGGAUGAGUGUGAUACUGUAUCUGCCCGUGGUGACCUCCCUGGGGACUGGGGAGUGGACUUGUCUGAACCCUGGUUGUUACAAGCAGGCAGUUUGGUGGUGAACUUUAUUUAUACCCUGAAUAAAUCUGAAGGACAGAGCAGAAAUACCUUGAAAAGGACUUCGCAUAGGAACAGCAUCACUGUUUCUGAUUUAGGAAAUAGGUUUAGUGCUGCAUUGGCUUCAAUGUUUCUGAAGUUAUAUAGGCAGCUUCUUAGAAUUAAAACAAGUUCAUAUCCAUUACCUGAUACAAUACACAAUUCCUUUUAUUUAUUUUUGAUAAGGAUCAGUACUUCCCAAUUUACUUACUACUCAAGAAAUGGAACCAAAGGAAUCCAACUCUUGUUGGCCACACCUGUUUGUAUUUCAUGGUAGUACUAUUAGAAACUAGGAUUUUUUUUUAAAGGAAAAUAAGAUGAAAGAUUUUUAGUGAGAUUCUCUUGCCAAUUUGUUCUACGUAAUUAAUUGUUGGGGGAAAAGCACAAUUAUACCUCUUUUUUAUGUUAGUUUGUCCUUCAUUUAUUUGGGAAGGUGGGCAAAACUCUGUCUAUAUUAUUCAGAAGCACAGAUACUUGCUUGACACAAUAUUUAAAUUCAGCGCAAUCUUUAACAUUAAAUUUUCUAUUUAAAUUGCUGGGAAAGCUGGAUACAUUUGCAAAUAGAGGAAAUUAAUGCAAAUUUUUAAGCUUAUAAAACCCAGUAAUAAACAUUGCAGUUAGUGAUAAUAAACACUUGGCCUACAGAAGACAGACACUCUUUGUAGUUCAUAGUGUACACUUGUUCUCAAAACAUGUCGUCCUCACAAAAUUUCUUUACCAAGAGAAAAGUAAAAUCAUGGAGCUACAAAGACAGAAGUGCUGAGGGGGAGAAGUCAGCGGCCGCCCGGGAGCAGCAGGCCCCCCAAGGUCAGGCUGCAGUCUGAAGGCCCCAGUUAAAGAAGAGCCUUCAACAGUUCAUUACAAGAGUUUGGUCAAAUGUUUUUACUAAGUCAGCUUCAAAAAUUGGUGAACUUAAAGUUUGUUUAUCCUUCAAAGCAUGUUUAUUGGACCUGAAAAUGUUAAAAGACCAUCAAUACUAAUGGAGAAAAAGACUAAAGAUCUGAAAUUUAAAAUUACUCAAAUGGGCAAGAAUUAAUGGAUCGAUUUGAUGCUGACCCAUAUGAGUUCAUUUGUAUGUCUGUGUGCUUGAAAAGCAUUUAAUAUGUGGCAGUGUUCGUGUAAUCAUAGCCCUGGCCAUUUUGAAGUCAUUUUCAGUCUUCAGAUAUUUUGAGGGCAACAUUUUAUAAAUAGUAAAUCUUUCUUAGCAUUUACCUUCAUUUUUGAGAAGGAAAAAAAACCCUGCUUUGCUAUUCCUUUAAGAAGAACUAAGAUCAGCUAUUACACAGGUUUGCAUAGAUGGCACACACAAUACAGACAUGAACUUGGACAGAAAUAGGACAUAUAAAUAGUUCCAUUGUUAAAGGCCCAUGCUAAUGCUAUCUGUAUUUUCUUAAUCCAAAGAGAAUAAAUGGGACACCCCUGAGAUUUCCAGUAAGAUACUUGGAAAGAUUCAAGCAGGAGGCAGGGAAUAGUUUUUUCUCAGUCAGUCCAUUUUACACCCGUGUUUCCAUAGUUUGUGAACUGUUGCUUUCUUUCAAUCAUCCUUAGUUGUGAGGCAGUUCCUUGUUUUGGCUCUUCUCAUGGCCUUUGCUAAAAGCGGUGAGCUUGAGUGAGUCUUCUGUCGAUCCUGAAAUCUGGAUCCCCUUCCCUCCCUUCUCCUCCUUUCCUCUCUGAAUGGUGAUGGUGAUACCUUAGUUCAGGAGGAUGAUGCUGGUGGGUAACAGCUAGCUUCUGGCACCUUCAUAAAAUACCUCAGCAUAGCUUAGCAUUGUUGCAGAACUGGUUUAAAACUGAAAACCAAAUAAAUGAAAGAAAAUAACUUUAUAAAUAGUGAAAAUAAUUCUAGCUGUAGCAUUUAGUUGAACUGAUGUUUAUUAUGAUUGAUCAAACAUGAUUGAUGCUGUAUGCAUUUGGGAUCCUGUUUAUAGAUCACAGUUUCUAGGGUUGGGGAGGGCUGGGGUGGGGGAAGGGGAGGUGUUGAUCAUGUUAGAAGGAAAACGUUGCUCAUGCGUGUCUGUUGGUUUUUCCUUAUCUGUCUUGCCAAAGGGAACUUAACCAUCCCUGGGACAGUUUGCCCCUGGCCUGCCUGUGGUCUGACCUGCACUGCAGUGUGGUGGCGGCAGGUCACACGGGCUGUGCUGUGCGUUAGGUUCAGGGUCCCCUGGGGCGCUUGCAUCCCGUCCUGUGGCUACCCUGCCCCCCAGGCCCUGCCCGCUGUCCUAGGGAUCCAUUACCUCUGUACGCAGCAAGGGCUUAGGCCGCGGAUGAAUGUGGGACUGUGUGGGCGUGUGGCCGACAAACAGGCAGGAGACCUGCGCCGCUGGGGAGGUGAGUGGCGCUGCAUCUUAAUCCAGGACGACUAAAGCAGGGGGGGCUCCUGGCGCCGCCCCCGCCACGUUGGAGGUGCGGGUGGCAGGGCCACGGUUUGAGACCUUACUUCCUUUUUUCAUGCCAAGGCUGAUUCUGUCUAGACCAGAAAUGCAAACAACAAAACCCAACCAAGUUGAAAGCCAGCCUGCUUGCCUCACGCCUGUGACCAGGUGUGACCUGUAGGGAUUGGUCGGCUGCUGAGACUGCGGAGAGGGUGGUUCUGGGUGGGAGUGCGAGCGCCAGGGGAUGCCGGCGUGGGGACGGUGAAGCGCCCGUGCCCCCGCCACACUGUCUUGCCUCCCCAAGUUCAGGUACAGGCUAAGCCAGCACGGCUGUCUUUGAAUAAAUGACCCAUCUCACAGAACUGAGUGGGAUUUGGUUGGAAUAACUGGGUCAUUGUUCACCCUGACGUCUUGAAGACAGGUGGAGGGAGAGGGAGCAAAACGUUGCUGGGAUUCGGAAGAGCCUCCCUUUGUCUCUCCCCCUUCUCCACUGCCCCCUCCCCGCUUUUUGAAGGAAGUCUUCGCUGACCUGCUUGGCAAAGAGAUGCUUACAGUUUCCCUCCGCCGGCUCUGGGGGCGGCAGGCCGGCUGGUGUAGCAGAGAUGGUCUUGGGAUUGCUGGGAAACGGGGAGGGCAAAGAUGGGGUAGAAUUCUCUCUUUUAUUUCCCUUUAUUAACACUUACAAUAGAACCAGUACAGCCUGUUUGAGCUCAGACGGUGUUAGAUGUGCCGCCUCUGUUAUGUCGCUCGGGAAGGCGAAGCGUUUUCAAGAGCACGAUUACUUGGAAAACCGAGGCCUUCCAUCAUCCUCCCCCGGAACUGUAUUGUUCCACAAUGUUUUUAUACACAGGCUGCGUAGUUUGUUGUUUUGGUGUCGUAUUGUUAGGACACAGAAAGGGAAAGAUGGAAAAGAAAUGUGUUGCUCUCUUAAUAUUCCAUCAAAAAAUGAUCAGGUUGCAGAAGUUCAUGAAAGCUUUACUACUAAUCUCACUGUUCUGAUCUUAUGUAAAAGUGGUGUUAAUAUUGUGUGACUCUUCGAAGCGCUAGGUAGGUUUGUAAGUAGGUAAUAGGGAUACCGAAGAUGAGAGCACUUGGAACAGGUUAUGGGAAAGCGGGGUGUGCACGACGGGACCCCACUUGGAGCACAGAAGGGAAAUCCCGGGGCUGGGCAGGCAGGUGCAGCUUGCAGUUCUGUGUCACUGAUCUGCCCGCGCUGCACGGGGCCCAGCCACCCAGUACCACCUCCGGGUUCAAACCCCAAAACAAAUUUACUGUGAGAAAACAGGGAGAUCUGCAGCGAAGUUCCCUGUGUUCUCUUUGUUUACUUGUUCACCGUUGUUCUGAAUCAGCCACAACCUCACAGAAGCGGCUUACGGCUUCUUCCCUAACUAGGCAGCAGCACAGAGUUCUCUACCAUCAUAUCCCCGGUCUGCAGGCAGACAGCUGGAUACAGUGCUGUUGAAAAUGACACCUCUAAGUACUUCUUUAAAAAUGGGGAUCUCCUUCAAAUGAAAAAAGACAGAGCCAAGUAGGGAAAAGACUGUGCUCCCCCCACCCCCCAAGCUUUCACAGUGUCUCAAAGUCUGAAGAGUAAAGCAGGAAAUGAAAUGCACUUUCAGAAGCUAAAGUGACAGCUGUGUUAGGAGAGGCUGUGGCCCGAGGCGGGGAGGGCCCCAUGCCCUUGGUCGCAGGGCUGCACGUCUGCAGAAGGCACAUACUUUUUUCUAAGAGGAGAGCAGACCGAGGCCGGCCUGGCUGUGUUUAAACCCGCGAGGAGCUGGGAGGGGGAAGAAAGGAGGGGGGCCAGGCGUGGAACCACACUGGCGCUGGCUCCUGCCCCCACCCCGGCUGCCGGGCAUCCCUGAGGCCAGCGGUGGGCAGGGCAGAUGCCCCUGAGCUCCACCCCUCUGCCCGAGUGGGCAUGUGGCCUGCUCUGCCCACAGGCGGUCCCUCCCAGGAAAGCCCUCCUCUCCAGGAGACCAGGGUCGGCUCCCCCGUCCGCGGUAGUAGCGAAGCCUAGGUGAGUAAGCGUGGGUUCCCACCCACCACGUCCAGGAGCUGUCUAUACCUCAUGUCUAACUCGUGACUGGGUACCUUGCUGUAACUUUCUCUAAACCCGACAGAGUUGCCAAGCCCGCCCCCCCCUCAGCCAUGCUGAGCUCUGGCCUAUAGCAUCACGGGACCUGUAGCCUAGGGUGGGACCCCCGAAAGCCUCUGAAUGUCGCUGCUGAAAAGCUACUGCAAACCGAGGGCAAAUUGCAAUCUCUGAUUCCUUCCGUGCGCGGGGCCUUCUCAGGCCUCCGGCCGCCCGCCUCCCGGCCUCCGUCCCGCAGGGGCCGCCGCGCACCCCUGUUCUCGACGCGGGCCGCCAGGCUCCGGGCACUGCCUCAUCCCCUCCGAGGCCUCAGGGUUCUGCUUAUUUUCAGGACUUUGGGUGGAAAGGAAAAGACACCAAAGGCUCCUUUACGCUGACUGCUGCAUAUACAUCUCACUUUUUUUUCCUUUGACAUGACCAAAAAAAAAAAUCCAAAUAUUUAAGUUUUUAUUAUUAUUAUUAUUAUUAUUAUUUGACAAUCUUGUAUCCCGUGGGCUCUCCAGAAGCUGCAUCCCCAGCCCUUUCGCCUUUUCUUUGAAUGUAGUUCCCAGCCUUCAAUUCCCACCCCCAGUGUUGGAAGGAAAAGCUUUGCCAGGUCUUAAUACUGCUGCUAUAAGCCAGGGUAGGGGGGUUUCUUUGUUUUGUUUUGUUUUGUUUUUUUAAAUUUCCAGCCAAAACCAAAGAUUUCUUAAUGAUUGUAUAAACUCAAAACAAACAAAAAAACCAAAGAAAAGGGGAGUCUUCAGCAUCAAUCCGGUCUGUGGCGUCCUGGCGUUUAGAGGAGUGGGGCGGGGCGGGUAGGGGCCUCUGACCUACCAAAAGGACAGGGGGCUCCUGCGCCCCUUCCGGACUUUGCAGGGGUGCGCACCCAGGCGCUGUGGCUCUUGCCCACAUGGGAACGUGCCCUGGAACAAAUUGGCAUUUGCGAUUUUGCAGGACCGCAUCACCACAUUGAUCCACGCAACCACCACGGUCUGCGCGGGGCCUAGGAGGGUGGGGGCUGCACGGUGGCCGCGACUCCACAGAGUGGGGGAAGUUGAAGACACGGGGCUGGCUGCUCUGCUGGGUGCUUCCACCUCUGGGCCGGGGCGGAGAGUGCUCGCCCGCGUGCCCAUCUGAGCCUUCUUUCUCUUUCCCUUUACUGGAACUGCUUGGAAGUGGCUGUCCUGUUUGUGUGAAAACACAGAAGGAUUAUCAAGCUUUUCGUUUCUCCCGUAGUUUGUUUCCUUCUGGCAGCACCACCGUGCAACUAUGCAUUCGUGUUUCACAACCUUUUGUGCUCGGUAGAUGCCUGGGGCUUUUUAACUCGGGGGUGGGGGGAUUGCAAAUAAAGGGACUUUUUACAAGGAUCUUUUUAAUCUCAGUUGAUUGGGGAGGUGGGAGGUAUUUGGUUCUAGGGUCAUACAAGCUCUAUCCCAAAGCAAAAUCCAAAUGUUAAUAAUAUUAGCCUGAUGCAGAUACCAAAGAUAAUUUCUUUCCUGCAGAACCUUAGACUUGUGUAUUAAGUACGAUUACCCAGCACUUGCAUUAGUCUAACCUCAGUAAUUCCAAAGCUUAGAUGUAUAUUUUGGUAUAUUUCUGGGAUAUUAAAAAAAUGUCAUUUAACUUCUUGUUCGUUUCAGUGUAAUGCUCUUAAAGUCAUAGCAUGAAAAUAACUGAGCUGUCCUAUUCUUAGUAGUUUGAAAUAUAGUAUUUUUGUAUGUUUUGGGUGUGUGUCUAUGUAUGUAUUAACAUAACAAUUUUCACUGCCUAGGUGUUCCUAAUAAAAAAGAAAAUGAAAAAGUUCCGAGUGUACAUAAUAUUCAGUAAUAAACUUCCACCAGGUUCAAUUUCGGCUGCAUAUUUGCUGAUUACCGUUCCCAGGUGGGAUUUGGUUUUGUCUUAAAUAGACAGUGAUCCUAUUUUUCUGAAGAUGUUUUCUUUCUGUCUUUAAAUUCUUAAUUCCUCCUCCCUUUUUCUUCUCUUGCCUUUCUUUCUUUUUUUUAAUGUUGAUUCAGGGGUGUUUUUCCACUGUUGUCAAGGGAGGUACAGAAGGGGUACUGGCCCCUUGGCCUCCCAAAACUUUUUUGUUUUAUGAACUUUAAAAUGUGAGUUCGAGUUCUCUUUUGUGGAAACCUAAGAUGUGGUGUAAAUGAUUCUUUCCAAAAUUGCCCAAUAGCUUUAAUGAGGCAGUGACAAUUGGUAGGUAUUUUUUGGGAGUCCUUUUACGUUUCUCCUUGGAUGGCACUGAGAACUGGGUGGCUAUUUUGUAGCCUCACUGCCCUGGAGCGCCUGGUUAGCCAUUUCCCCUCUGAUAGAUAUUUUGUAUUUCAUAAGAAUCAACUGACAACUUGGAUGGAGUUCAGGACCUUGUUAUCUGGGUCCCUGGGAAACACAUUUUCUUGGCUUUGAAAGCCCAAAACACAAGCAGUUUUGUGUUGUGGGGAAAUUAGCUGACACCUCCCAACGCCAGAGGUGGUGGGGAGUAUGGUGCUGCCCCUUGAACAGUGCCCUGGCCGGGGUCCCCUCCUGGGGCUGCCUGCAGGGGCCGGGCUUGGGGGAGGUGAGUAGGUGACCCCGAAUCAGAAUGAAAUGGUAGGUUUUGUGUAGAUGCAUUUGUCUGCUGUAAUUUUUUAUAUAUAUUAAACUAACUGUAACUGUACAGUUCAUUUCUGUUGUAAAACAUCAUUAAACCAUUUUCCAAGUGUUU